AUGUUUCACGUCGAUAAAGCUGCUGUCCGCGGCGUCGAAGGCCACACCCUUCGAGAAGCUGACAAGCGGGACCGUUUUUGGUGGCACUACCCAGGUCUUCGCAGCCUCAACUUUCUCCUUCUCGGUUGUAUCGUCUGUGAUAUGACUAACGGAUAUGAUGGCUCCAUGUUGAAUGGACUUCAAUCGAUCCCCUCUUGGCAAGAUGCCUUGGACCACCCGAAAGGCACUCGACUCGGUACGAUUUCCAACGGCACUCGAUACGGUCAGCUCGCCGCUCUACUUGUUGCCGCGCCUCUCAUCCAAUGGCUUGGGCCACGGCGACCCAUAACAAUCGGUUCACUGCUUCUGCUCAUCGGAGUUGGCCUUCAAGCCGGGGCCCAGAACUACGCCAUGUUCGUUUUCGCUCGAUGCUUGAUUGGCUUCGGCAAUACGAUUCAAAACACAGCAUGCCCGAUUCUAGCCUCAGAGCUGGCCCAUCCUUUCCAAAGGACCCAGAUCAUUGGCAUUCAGAACACAACUGGCUCGCUGGGUCAGAUCAUGGCUGCAUGGAUUACCUAUGGCACUUCCUUUAUUGUGAGCUCUUGGGCAUGGCGUCUUCCAUCACUGCUUCAGGCACUCUCGUCUUGCUUCCAAUUGGUCAUGUCGUUCUUCAUGCCCGAAUCGCCUAGAUGGCUCGUCUAUCAGAAUCGCAGCAAAGAGGCGUACGAAAUUCUCGCCAAAUACCACGCAGAGAGCGACGAAUCCUCAGAACUAUUGCAAUACGAGAUGGCAGAAAUCGAAGCGGCUAUUGAGGCGGAAAAAGUUCAAGCACUGUCUUCAUGGAUGGGCUGGUUCCGCACCUCCGCCAAUCGAUACCGACUCUUUAUCAUUGUAACUUCUGGUUUCAUCAUUCAAUGGUGCGGCAAUGCCUUGCUUUCAUACUAUAUCCAUCUCGUCUUCAACUCUAUCGGCAUCACCAACAACAAGCAGCAGCUUCUUCUCAACGGCGGCAUCACCAUCAACGGCUGGGUUUGGGGAAAUAUAUUCUCACUGUUCAUUGAUAAAAUAGGCCGCCGUCCUAUGUGGCUGAUUGGCAUGAGUGGCAUGUUUGUGGCAUUUUUGCUACUUACUGUAUUCACGGGCGUCAACACAGGCAUCAAUUACGAGAACCAUGCUCUGGGUCGUGCAACUAUCUUCACCAUUUUCCUCUUUGGCAUCUUUUAUAAGAUGCCUGGUUGCAUGCUCAACUCGUACGUUGCCGAAGUUGCGCCGUUUGACCUACGGGCCAAAGCCUUUGUUAUCUCUAGUUUUGGCGACGCAGCGGCCAAUAUAUUCAGCGGAUACACGAACCCUAUCGGCCUUGGCGCCAUCGGCUGGAAGUACUAUAUCGUAUGGUGCUGCGUGCUUGUUAGCAACUUUAUCAUCAUCUAUUUCUUUUAUCCCGAAACGAAGAAUCUAUCGUUGGAGGAGGUUGCGCAGCUCUUUGACGGACCCAACUCGGUUGAGACAAAGCUCCAGGAAGGGACAUUGGAAGUUGAAGACGAGAAAAGUGGCGGGGUUAAUGAGGCUACUUCUGCUAUUCACAUCGGAUAA